ACUUUUUAUUCUAGUUUCAGUAUUUCAAUUAUAUACGAUAUUUAUCUUUUCAUUGAUUGAAAAUUACAGUCUAUUUUUUUGGAUUUUAAUUUUAGAAUACAACAGCGAUUUGUUAGCUCUUUGUGACAGUAAUUUCGUUGUAAUUGUGUUCUUGAACUGAGUAACAUUGAAUUUUAUUUGAUUUGUUGUACAAAGAACCAGUGUAAAAUUUGUUGUUUAAUGUUUAAAGUUUGAAAGAAAAACCCUGAAUUACUGUUCUUGUGAUUUUUUUUUGCUCCGUCUAGAAUUAAUAGUCACGUCAAUAGCGUAAUUUGAACUAUUAAUAUGACAACUAAACUUGGAUCUAUGGUGUUAUUAUUUAUAUGUAGUUUUCAGUCUUUUUAUGGGUUAUAUUUUUGUUGAUUAUGACCUCUAAUUAUGGUUGUAAUCUUACUUUUUAUUGACUUGUUCAUGAUUAUAUAGCUAUUAAUUAUUGACAUAACAUGCAAAUAAGUGCUAAUAUUCCAGUAAUAUAUUAAGUUAGAGGCUAGAUAGUUGGUAGUUCAAUUAUAUUAAUUAAUUAAUUUGUAAGAAUGUUCUGUUUUUGCUCCUUUGCUGUUGUGUUAGUUGUUAAUUUUGUCAACUAGGUAAUGGCGUGACAUCAACACCCUUUCCUCACCCUGCUGAGAUCAACCUGUAUUACUCAGUUGAACUGCUUCCGACACCGCCUACUCGCGGUUUAAUCUGGGGUUUUGAUGUGUGAUGAACAAUUUAAACUUAUACAGUAAAUACCAAAUUUCAUUUCUUUUGAUUAUUGCUCGCGUUUGAAAAGCUUAUUAUUAACUUCACUAACUUACCUAUAAAUUGUUCUUGACUUAUGUUUCUGGAAGUGGUUGUGUAGUUGAAAAGACUAGCUCAUCAAGUGGACCAGUUCUCUACAGUGUUUCUUCUUUACAUUAUGGUUUUUCUUUGAUAUGUUAGGAAAGAAGAUAUGGCUGCCAACUUUUAGGGGUUGAUUGAGUUAUUAUUACAGGUAAGUAACCUAAUAAAAAAUGGAAUCCUAUUUUAUAUAUUAAUUUAUUUUUGUUAUUGUUGUAGUAUAGUAGAGAGAGCCGUAGAGGCAAUGAUGUAGACAAUAUUCGAUCCCAAGUUUUCGGUUCAACCCCAAAGACUCUAACCAACCCACCUAAGAUAAUGAUGUUUGGGUUUAGGGUAGAUAGCUGACUAGGCAAGUACAUCAUUAUACUCUUUUUGAUAUGCUGUCCUAUUCAUAGUUUAUAACAUUAAUUCUUAUUAGUCAUAUAUGUUUGUCCUCGUCCAUUUCAGGAAGGGGAAUAUAUCAACUCAUUGUCAUACUAAAUAAUUGCUUUGAUGCUUUCUAUACCAUUCAAUCUUGUCCACACAACAUACAACUUACAAAAUCUCUUCAUUUUCUUCAGAUUAGUGAACUUUUCCCUUCUCCACUUUUGCAUAAAUUUUACUGUAAUCCUGUAUCACCCUCUUGGGUUUUCUGCAUUAUCCUGCUUUUACAGUUCUUCUGCAAUAAUUUGAUCAUAGUCAACCUCUCUAGUUGACAUAUUCUGGGGGUUUUUACCAUUUCAUAUUUCUUCUUACUUAAGAAGCCUCUUUGAAUUUCAUUGAUUGGCUUCCUUUCUGCUCACAAAUAAUCAACCGAGAGGUAUCUGUUUGACAUUUUUCUCAUUCUCUGCAUCGUCCUUUAAUUAUCUAUACCUUCUCAAUUGCUCUUUUCUUUGAAUAGGAGGCUUUAACCUUUAGCUGUUGACUUUUUUUAAAUAAAUUCAUUUUGGCGCCGCCAUAAAACUGUACUAUAUGCAUAGAUAACAUUCGUUUUCGAUGGAAAAGGAGUGGCUGUUGUUUGUAAGUUGGUUGAUAAUCGGGGUAUCAUUAAGGGCUUGUAAGGUUGAAGGGCUUGGAGUCAAUUGGGGAACUCAAGCUAAUCACAAAUUGCCUCUUAGUACUGUAGUACAGCUGUUAAAGGAUAAUGGUAUUCAAAAAGUGAAGUUGUUUGAUGCUGAUGAAUCUACUUUGAGUGCGCUCACUGGUACUAAUAUUGAAGUUAUGGUUGCCAUUCCUAAUGGUGAGUUGGCUGCUAUGCUUGAUUAUCAUCAAGCUCAAAAGUGGGUUCGGAGCAAUGUUGUGCGUUACAAUUUCAAAGGAGGAGUCAACAUCAAAUAUGUGGCGGUUGGAAACGAACCUUUUCUCAAGACCUACAAUGGUACAUUUGAGAAUGCUACUCUGCCGGCCCUUCAAAAUAUUCAAAAUGCUCUUAAUGAAGCUGGGGUAGGAAACUCAGUUAAAGCAACUGUGCCCUUAAAUGCUGAUGUUUACGAAUCACCACAGUCCAAUCCUGUACCUUCUGCUGGAAGAUUCAGACCUGAUAUUGCUGAUGUCAUGACCCAGAUGGUCCAAUUUAUGAGCCAAAACAAUGCACCAUUCACCGUCAAUAUCUACCCUUUCCUCAGUCUGUAUGGUAACCCCGAUUUUCCAGUCAACUAUGCAUUCUUUGAUGGGGGAGCUACUCCUCUUGAUGAUAAUGGGAUCCAAUACACUAAUGUUUUUGAUGCCAACUUUGAUACAUUGGUUUCGGCCUUAAAAGCAGCAGGGUAUGGGACUAUGCCUAUAAUUGUUGGGGAGGUUGGGUGGCCCACUGAUGGUGAUAUUAAUGCCAAUAUUAACAAUGCUAUCAAAUUCUAUCAAGGCCUCCUUCCAAGGCUUGCAGCUAACACUGGUACUCCUUUGAGGCCUGGAUAUAUAGAGAUGUACUUGUUUGGGCUCCUUGACGAGGAUGCAAAAAGUGUUGGACCUGGGUCAUUUGAGAGGCACUGGGGAAUUUUCCGGUAUGACGGACAGCCAAAAUUCCCCAUGUAUCUUGCCAGUGAAAACCGGGAAAUCUAUCUUAUUGGUGCAAGGAAUGUCCAAUAUCUUGAGAAGCAAUGGUGUGAGUUUGACCCGAAUGCUAAGGAUCUGAGCAAGCUGGGAGAUAACAUUAAUUUCGCAUGCACUUAUGCUGAUUGUACACCUCUUGGGUAUGGAUCCUCAUGUAACGGUCUGGAUUUAAAUGGGAACGUGUCCUAUGCCUUUAAUGUGUACUAUCAGACUCAGUAUCAGAAACUUGAGGCCUGCGACUUUGGAGGUAUGGCUAGGUUAACAAUGAAGAAUAUCUCGACAGGGAAUUGCAAUUUUACUAUCCAGAUAGCUUCCUCUGGUCUGAGGACUGCUGUAUCAGCGGCUUGCUUUACUAUCACCGUGCUCACAUAUCUAUUUUUUAGAGUUUGAUCUUGUGGAUGUGGUAAUGCCAUUCUUUGCUACUAUACGUUUGCUUGAUUGCUUCGUCUGUACAAUCAGAGGUUUUCAUGCCCGAACUUGGUAAAUUUUUUUGGUGUUUGUAUAGAAUUUUGGUUAAAGAGUUUUUCCUCAUUUGGGGCUAUGAAAUACAUGUAAGCUGUUCAUAAAUCAUACAAAGUAUUUUGAGAAUUGCUCUGACUGGCUAGGUUUACAGUUUAUUAAGCAGGGAAUUUCAAUUUUUACA